GUUUUAAACAAGCCUAAACACUUCACGGCGCGCAAAAAUUGGACUUACAACCAUCUCAUCCCUCUCUCUGCACUCCUGGUUGCCUCUCCUUUUUCUAAUUUUCCCCUCCUAACUGUUCAUCUGCCUCCCUGCACAGACUUACAGGGGCUCAUCUCAAACUUUUCUACAAAGUUUGACUCUAUUUGUUGACUUUUAAUUUUCUCUCUCCGUCAGUGUGCGCACGUCUGUGUGCACACCGCUCAUCCAUUUGCGCAUUCUUCCACUGCGUCCUGACAACUUUUUAGAGAUCCCGACGCACGUGACAGUCCCCGGACCUCAAUUUAUUUAUUUAUUUAUUUAUUUUUCUCAAUUUUCAAUAUUUAUUUGUUUUCCCGCUUCUGGACCAGAACCAAAAUGAAAUUGCUGCUCGACUCCUCCUCGUCGCUCCUCUUCUCGCUGCUAUUGGCUCAGCUGCCCGUGUUCUCUCAUGGCACAGUUUUACCUUACCGGCGCCAAAGCGACCUGGAUAAACUGUCCAAUCAGACCAGAAACCUCAUGAAGCUCACCCAAGAGCUGCUGAAGGAGCAUGCAUUCGACUCAGAUGUGGAGUCGCACAGGUUCAGAUCUCUGCCUGAAAUGAGCAACAGAUCAGCCAAUGACCUCAGUAAUCUUGAGCUGAAGCCCACACUCUCUCAGCUCCAUGCUGACCUGAAGCUCUAUGAGCACCACUUUGAGUGGCUCAACAGGGUUUCAAAGAAACACCAACACCCUGCGGUGCCCAAGCUGGUAGAGAUGAUCAAAGAAAUGAAAUCUCUCAUCAAUCUGCUGCACCGACAGAUGCAGAAAAUCGAAGCACCAAAGCUGACAAACCCAACACCCUCCCUCCCUCCUCACCUCCCCUAUCACUUUGACGUCCUGCAGUCCAGCCACGAGCUCCUCCAACACUUCAAGCUCUUCUGCGACUGGGCAUACAGAGCAUUCCUCAGCCUCAAGCCCAAAGCUUCAGCGGUGCAAUAAUGACCAACACAGCAGAGAGCUGCAGAGCCAGCACAUGGAGUUCAUCCUCAAUGAAACUGCAAACAGGAUCAUGUCAGUGUGCAAAAGAUGCCCAAAUGUCAACAUCAGUGCCGUGUGUGUGUUGAAGAGCAAGAGUCGAUAAGGAUGUGGCCACACUGCAGUACGACCAUCAAGAUUCCCGUUAAAACAAACUGUCACACCACAGUGAUCCCGUCAACAUUCUCCAGUCUCCCUCCUAAUGGCCUUUCUUUGCAACCAUUGUUAUUUAUGUAUUUAUUUAUUUAUUGACUAUUUGUUUUAUGUAUUUAUUUAUUUUUUAUUUAUUUGAUAUUCUAAUGUGUGUCUUUAGCCUGUAUCUCCUCACUAACGUGAAUUUAUUUGCCAAUAUUUUUUGCAAUUCUCCUUUCUUUAAACUUGUUUCUUUCUGUUUCUCAAACAAAAAAAUAACAAAAGAAAAAAAAACAAACCAAAAAAAAAAUACAAUAGCACUUUUUCAACGUACAGCUCUUGCAUUUUUUAUUUUUUUAUUUAAACUUUUUAAAAUUUUGAUUAGAUUUGUAUAUUUCUUCAGCCAACCAUGUUUCCAGUAGAUGUAGCAUCCGGGAAACCUCUCCCUUACAGUGGCAUUAAAGUAAACCUUUAUGCAGACAAUAUUGCUAUCUCUACAUAACUGGUAAAUAUACUGCGUAAUAACUUUCCAACUGAUGCCUUAUCAAGUUAUUUGCAUCUAUUAUAAAAAUGUCCAGGCGGUAACCAAAGAGCGGCGAAUUCUUGCUUUGAACCACAGAUAGAAUUUCUAUUUUGCAAUGCUGACUCAUCAUGUACUACACAAGGAGGCGUGCAUAUUUAAUUAUGUGGUAAAGUCAUUUGAAUGUGCCCUCUUGCUGAGCACUGAUGGUCCUGAUUAGAGUCUUUGCACAAACUUGUUGGGAUUGGCCUCUUGGAUGAGUGAGAUGGCUGAUUUUGAAAUUGUGCUUUGGGCUAGAAAAGUUUGUUAUUUUUGGUUAAACACCCAAAGCCUUAAAAUACUAUGUAUUGUGACACUAUGUUCUGUACAAGUGUACAUAAAUGUACAAGAAUGUAAAUUGUUGUAUACAAGUGCUAAUGUGUAUCAUGUUGUUUUCGAUAAAAUAAUGUAGAUUACCGGUUUUAUCGCUAUAAUUUUUAUUCAUUUCUAUUCUAGUAUUUGUUACAGUAUUGACUAUUUAUUUAAGUGACUUGGUGGAACUAUUUAUUUUGUGCUGCAGUGGAGCAAGUCUCCUUUCCUUUUUAUACUUUUAUACAGUUUUUAAUCUUAUUUGCUUUUAUUGUACUAUCUCGUUUAAGUUAUUUCUGUUAUAUAAAGAUGCCUCCUCCACACACUGAUUGGCCUCAAUGUGAAACAUGUGCCUUGGUGAAAUAAAUGCUAAAGAAUGUG